UGUUUUGUCUGCAAUGGCGCUAAUCACCGUUAUCUAUUGCAGAUCUAUGUGCUGACCGUGCUGUUGCUGCCCAUACGCGUGGUGGGCUGCGUCCUGUCGCUGCUAUCGGCAUGGAUGUUCGCCUGCAUCGGGCUCUAUGGCAUGUCCAUGGAGGAGCUGCAGGCCAAGCCGCUCAGCGGCUGGCGCAAGCUUAUGCAGUACUGGACGGCACGCGCCAUGCGCAUGGUAUACACAUCCGGCUCGUUCCACUACAUCAAGAUGAAGGGCACACCGGCCACCCCGAAGGAGGCGCCCAUACUGGUGGUGGCGCCGCAUUCGUCGUAUGUGGACUCCAUUCUGGUGGUCUCUGGCCACCCGCCGUCGAUUGUGGCCAAGCGUGAGACGGCGGACAUUCCGCUGCUGGGUCGCAUCAUCAACUACGCCCAGCCCAUUUACGUGCAGCGCGAGGAUCCCAACUCCAGGCAGAACACCAUUAAGAAUAUCGUGGAUCGGGCCCGCUCGCCCGACAACUGGCCGCAGGUGGUCAUCUUUGCCGAGGGCACGUGCACCAAUCGCACGGCGCUGAUCAAAUUCAAGCCCGGCGCCUUCUAUCCGGGCGUGCCCGUGCAGCCCGUGCUGCUCCGAUACCCCAACAAGUUCGACACCUUCACCUGGACCUGGGAUGGUCCCGGCGUACUGCGCCUGCUAUGGCUGACGAUGACACAGUUCUACAACCGUUGCGAGAUCGAAUACCUGCCCGUAUACACACCGUCGCCCGCCGAAAUGGCCGAUGCCAAUCUCUAUGCCAACAACGUACGCCAAGUGAUGGCCACCGCAUUGGAUGUGCCCACGUCGGACUAUUCGUUCGAGGACGUGAUCGUGAUGAGUCGGGCGCGUGAAAUGAAAAUACCGUUUCCCGGCGACAUUGUUGAGAUCGAGCAUGCGCUCGACGCCCUAGACCUGCUGGACUCGAAGCGCGACAUGGAACUGUGCGAUAAGUAUCUGACGCUGGCCAACCCAGAGAAACUGGACAUAAUCACAUUCGCCGAGCUGCUCCAAGUGGACCUCAAGAAUCCCGAUUUGCACAAGCUCUUUGCUCUGCUCAAUCAUCGCGACAAGGGCACAGUGAGUCUGAAGAGUUUCUUGGUCUGUUCGCUGUUCUGCAAGUUGAAAAAUGACGAAAUUAUAGAGUUUCUGCGAGCACUAAUCAAGCUGUACAGUGAGUCGAGUGAAAAGAUUAGCCGGGAGAGUUUCACGCGUUUAAUGAAGCAUGGCGGCAGCAAGAUGACCGAGCAGAAGACACAGACGCUAUUCUAUGCCCUGGACACCGACAAUGUGGGCUACGUAUCCUUCGACAAGUUUGUGCAGUACACGGAGCAACAGCCCAGCUACAAGUUUCUCUAUCACAAGUCGGAGCAUAUAAGGAGGACGAAGAGUAGCAAGGCCACGCCCACAACCAACUGAACAAUCCAAGAGAAUGCAUUUGGAGGCUGCAAUAAAACUCAAGCUGGUUUUACAGAUAUUCAGAGAUAUGCUAUAGGCAAGCGGCAACCGGCGACAUGCAACACGACACAGAGCGGAGGA